UCCCGCAACUCAAACACCUUUCGCACCUUCGUCCUCAUUUUUCCCCCUCUCUCUCUCUCUCUCUCUCUCUCUCUCUCUCUCUUCUCCUACCUCCACAUUCGAGCUCCACUACAUCUCUCUUCUAGGGUUUUUUCAUCCCCGACCCGUCCCAAUCCCGUAUCUCUUUGCGGAGAAGAAGAAGAAAAGGCGAGCGGAAAGAGGGGAAGUUUUGCUCAUGGAAGAAACCCUAGCUCCGGCUCCGAGCGGCGGAGGAGAAGGUAUGGCGCCGCCAGUGGCCGAAACCCUAGCGAUGGCGGCGGCGGCGGAGGAGGAGGAGGAGGAAUCGCCGUGGAUGGGGAGGGUGGAGAUCGACACGUCGGCGCCGUUCGAGUCGGUGAAGGAGGCGGUCGACCGCUUCGGCGGGAGCGCCGUGUGGAGGUCUCAGCUCAAGCAACUCUUCGCCCCUGAGAAAAUUCAUGGUUCUGAGGAUGUUGAUGUUAUGAAAGUGGAAGAACAAACCGCACAGCUGGAGAAGGAUCUCAUCGUCAAAGAGAGGGAGACGCUUGAAGUGUUAAAAGAGCUAGAGGAGACCAAGAAUAUCGUAGCCAGCUUAAAGUUGAGAAUCCAGAGUGAAACUUCCGAUGCUGAUGUAAAUUUGAACUCGGAUAAUAGAAAGGUGCAUCCUAUAUCUGAUACGGAAGAGAAUAUGUCUGGAAAUUUGGAGAACCGUGAUGAUAUUGAAGGUGUACUACGGCCCGAUCAACCUCCGGGUCAGAUCUUGAUGGAACUGAAGCAGGCGAAGAUGAAUCUUAAUAGAGCGACAGGCGAUCUUGCUGGGAUUCGGGCUUCAAUUGAUUUACUAAAUUGUAAAAUAGAGAAGGAGAAGACAUUGCUUGAGAAAACCAGAGAGAAGUUAUCUUCUAAAACUUCUAUCAUUUCUUCAUUGGAGGAAGAAAUCAACCAAACGACACUGAAAAUGCAGGAAAAAGAUUCUGAGACUAAGAGUUGUGAAGAUCCCUCGGAUACUACGAGCGAGAUCAAACAAUUGAACAAUGAGAUAGAAAAGUCUAGAGGCAUGAUAGAUGCUGCGAAAUCUGAGGUUAUGAGAUUGACAGCGGAGAUUGAGCAAACAAAGAGUAGCAUCAGAACCGCUGAAAUUCGGUGGCUUGCAGCCAAGAAGAUGGAAGAGGCUGCCAAAGCAGCAGAAGCCAUUGCUCUUGCUGAGAUCAAAGCUCUAAUAAACACUGAAAAUUCUACAAUCAACGCUGAAAGUACUUGUAGUAUAACUCUUUCGAUGGAGGAGUAUCUCAUGCUAACUUAUAAAGCUCAAGAAGCCGACGAAAGAUCCAGAGAAAGAAUUGCAGAUGCUAUGAUCAGAGUUGAUGAAGCGAACCAGUCGAAAUCGGAGUUACUGUUGAAGGUAGAAGGAGCAAAACUAGAGGCAAAAGCAAGUAAGGGAGCACUGGAAGAAGCACUUUUGAGGGAAGAGGCCGCUAAUCGAGGAAAGCUCGCUGUUGAAGAAGCCCUUCGGAAAUGGAGAUCCGAACACGGUCAGAAGAAACGCUCGGUUCAAAGCAAUGCCAAGUUCAAGAAUUCCACUCAUCAUCGAAGAGAUUCAUCUCGCGUGAUCGAUCUCAACGGGACAAACUUGACUAGUGACGGUCCGAGGAGUACAUUAAGGCCGACAAUGACUAUCGGGCAGAUACUUAGCAUGAAGUUGACGAGUCCAGAAGACUACGAUACGAGCAUAGUCGAGAAGAAAAUCGAAGAGCCCAAAGCAAACUCUCUGGGCCAGAUGCUGAAUAGAAAACACGGAAUGCUUUCUACGAAAGAUGGGUCGGGGUCGGCUCGGAAGCAAAUACCCGCGAAGAGGAAGAAGUUCGGGUUUGCUGGCUUCUCGACACUCCUGGCGAAGCAAAACAAGAGCAAGAAGAAGAGACAGACUUGACGCCCAAGUUCUAAGCUAGUCAUGAGUUACUAAUUUACCUCCUAUGCUGUACCUUUUUUUUUUCUUUCUUUCUUUUAUCCUUUUAGUUACUUAGAUGAUUGUAAAAUAGGUCUAAUGCAUGGUUGUUAUUAGGUUACUUCUAAGCAUGUCUUAAGGUACUCUGAUAUAUGUAGGUCUAAUGGUUGUAAUUGUGCUUCGAGUUGUCGGUUAUUUAGUGUUACAUACUAGUAUAAAUUUGAGUUUCUAGAUCUUAUUAAGUAA